AAAUAAUCAUUGGAAACUGCCAUCCCGUUAAGAUUCGAUCUACGACACUCAUCGUACGUAUACGUAUACGGUGUGUAUAUAUACACACCUAACGCCGGAUGAGGGUAUCUACCUCACUGUGACCACCCAAUCGCAAGAAAAGGCAGAAUGGAGCUUCUCUGCAAACCACAAACGUCUCUCUCCUGCUCGUUCUCUCUUCACGUCCCUAAACCCUUUUCUGUGAGAAGGACAAGGAGAUUUCUGGUUCUAUGUGGUUCAGACCAAACCCAGAUGGAAAAUCCAAUGACAGUGUCAGUGACUGGAGCAACUGGUUUUAUCGGGAGACGAUUGGUCCAGAGACUACAAGCUGAUAAUCACUCUGUUCGGGUCUUAACACGCUCUAAAUCCAAGGCUGAGCUAAUAUUUCCGGCCAGAGAAUUCCCAGGUGUUGUGAUUGCCGAAGAACCUCAGUGGAGAAACUGCGUUGAAGGCUCAACGGCUGUAGUAAACUUGGCAGGCCUGUCCAUUAGCACGAGGUGGUCUCACGAGAUCAAGAAAGAGAUUAAAGAAAGCCGGAUUCGUGUCACCUCUAAAGUUGUUGAGCUGAUAAAUAAUUCGCCAGAAGAAGCUCGGCCUGCAGUUCUAGUGAGCGCCACUGCUGUUGGCUAUUACGGUACAAGUGAGACAAAAACAUUUGACGAAAAGAGUCCAUCAGGCAAUGAUUACCUUGCAGAGGUUUGCAGGGAAUGGGAAGCAACUGCUAUGAAAGUGGACAAGGAUGCAGCAAGAUUGGCACUUAUCCGCAUCGGUGUUGUUCUUGAAAAAGAUGGUGGUGCUUUAGCCAAAAUGAUACCUUUCUACAAAAUGUACGCUGGAGGGCCUCUGGGUUCAGGACAGCAAUGGUUCUCUUGGAUUCACUUGGACGACAUAGUGAACCUAAUCUACGAGUCCCUCACAAAUCCAUCCUAUCAAGGAGUGAUAAAUGGGACGGCACCUAACCCGGUGAGGCUGGGAGAGAUGUGCGAGCAGCUGGGGAGAGUGCUGGGCCGACCGUCGUGGCUGCCAGUGCCUGACUUUGCCCUCAAGGCUCUGCUCGGAGAAGGUGCCUCUGUGGUUCUUGAGGGUCAAAGGGUUUUGCCCGUCAGAGCCAAGGAGCUUGGCUUUCGUUUCAAGUACCCCUACGUUAAAGACGCCCUCAGAGCCAUUUUGCAGCAGUGAUUUGACUAAAAGAAGAAAAAGAAAAUGUUUAUUCUGAGAUGAACAAAGGGUGGUUAUUAUUUCCUUUUCUGUUUUUGUUUCUUUUGACAUAAUACACACAACAUAAUGGAGAAAUCAUGAAUGCAA